UCACGAAAGCCUCGCGCUGCUUCGUCUGCAUCUUCUUCCUUUUCUUCUACGCUACUCCGGCGCGGCGUUACGAUAGUAAUAAUUAAUGCUUAGUUGUAGGCGCUUUGUGCUUGAGACUGCCUGGCCUUGGUAACCAGCGCUUUUGUGGCCAUAGUAAAAUAAUGACUCCGCGACCGGAGGGCGAUUCAAACACGGAACCCCUGUUAUUGUACGUAAUACACGAGUGCAUAACUGUAGUUCCUACCCCAACGAAUGAUUUCGGGACACUUAGCUCAAGUGUACUCAGAUAUGCCAUAAGGAAACUGGGUAUAUGUUGACAGAUGGUCUUUGAGAAAUUUCGAAUCACAUACUGCAAAUAAAUUUUUUACGGGACGCUGAGUGUGUCUUUUCGUUAAACACAUGGAUGGCACAAUACUGUGAAUGGCAGUAGAGAGCCUACAUACGGGCCUUCGUGUAUGUAGGCUCCCUAAAUGGCAGUGAAGCACACCAUCAAUUCAUGCACAUUGCGUAUUUCGCGUGCCACCGAUGUUGACGCCGACUGGGAGGAUCUGGCCAUGACCGACCGACCUUCAAGCAUGAUGGACAAUGUGUCGAUGAGUGUCAACAUGCUAGUACAGCGUGCCACCUCGCAGAUUGAGCACAUUUGCGAGUCCGAGGUGUACCAGACGUACCUGAAAGACAACCCCAUGCUGUCGGCGUGUGGAGCUAUUGUGCUGGGCAUUCUCAGCCUGCCGGCACUGACCUUUCUCAGCUUCAUCAUUGUCCUUUGCCUUCUCACAUUUAUGGGCUUCCUCUUUAUCGAAGGCACCCUGAUCACAUUUGGUGUGAUUGUCACUGCUGGCAUCCUGUUCUUCAUUGGCACCUUCGUGGCAAGCUUUGGCUUCUGCCUCUACGCCAUCUUCUACGUGCUUCGGACCUUGAAGAUAGUUGGCAACUCAGCAGCCCUAGCUGACAGCACCAAGAAACCGGAAUGAAACAUCUUUGACUAAUCGGUCGUGCAAAGUUCCUGGUGACACUUUCUGUUCCCCACUUGUUUCUCCUCAUGCAGAGUGUGCAUGUUUUUUUUUUUUUUCUGUAACAUGCUGUGAUAGACAUUUCUCACUCACAUAACAAAAUUUGAGGAAAGUGAUCAAGUUCAAUCUCCUCUCUCGUUGAAAAUUGUGUUGUGUUGUUAUUGUUGGGUUCAAGCACCUGCUCUUUUUUUUUUUUAGGCCAAACUAAAAUAUGAACAAUGGGAACAAGCCGCUGGUCGGUAGCAAUGUGUUCUUGUCUUUCUUUUUUCUUCUGCAUUUUGUCAUUUUGGAGAUGUAGAUCACCUGUUGGAAGCACGUUGGAUUGAAUGCUGCAUACCAUGCAGACUGCAGCAUAGUGUGUCGCGUGCAGAUUGGGUCCUGCAGCAGGAUGAUACGUGUCAUGUUUGAUUGUACCAGAUUGAGGCUCUUUGUCAUUUAUGUCUGCUUUUUUUACAUGAAAUUAAAGUAAUUUCAACACA